AUGAUAAUUUAAUAAUUAUUUUUGAAUUUUUUGGUUGUAAUUUAAUUAUUUAUAAAAUUUGAAUAUAGAAGAUUAGCGAUGUCAAGAACAGGACCUAAGAAUCAAGUGAUAUUUGACGGAGACAAGAAGAACUCGAUCAGAACUUAUAACGAUAAUGUGAAUAACAGACAAGGAUUCAAAAUAGGUUGGGACAUAGAUUAAACCAGAAAGGAGGAUUAUAAACUAGCAGGCAAGGUUGGUUAAGACCAGAGGAACAACAACAAUGCUGCCUAUUAAGGAAAUGUCUAUUAAGCCGAAUAAAAAUAAGACGACGACUAUCUGAAGUAAAUGUACUACCAGGAGAUGCUCAAGAAGCAAGAGUAGGCUGGAGUCUAACACAAACAACCAGAACAGUAUUAUUAAGAUUCACUUGACCAAUAUGGGAAACCAUAUGGAUCUCAUAAUUAUAACAAUUAAGACAAUCACAAUUACUAGUAACCGUAACUAUUGUAGCAAUCCAACAAAUAUGAUCAUUAUCAAUAACCCAAUGAUGAUGAGGCAAUCUACUAAAAAUAUAAACAAGGAAGCAGUGGCAACAAGGUCUAUUCUGCUAAACCACCAAUUUAACAAUACAACCCAAUCACUGGAAUUGCUUAUGGUGCUCAGAAUACUCAGAAUGCUUAUAACGGAGAUCCCAAUUCGUAUUAGAAAAAUAAUCCAUAUGAAUAACCACAAUAGGAUGAUGCUCUCAGCCAAUUCAGUUAAUUGUAAUAGCAUAAAAUCGCAUCCAUUAAAAACAAGAAUUCUAACAUUUUCAACGUCGAUCUCCAGGAGACUGAGAAUAUGAAUAAUGCACGUUAAAACAGCAGAGUUCUGAAUCGCAAGAAGGAAUUGGAUGAUGCUCAAUACAAAGGUUAUGGACAAUUCUACAACAAUCCUAUUGAAUAGGCUCCGAGUCAGUACAGGGAAUAGAAGUUUGUCAACAGAAACAAGGUUGACAAUCGCAUAUUCCCAAAAUGA